CGACAGCUUCUCAAUCGUGUUUGCGAACGCGAAGUGAAUAGUUCAAUAUUGCCGGAAGAACAUAAGAAAAGCAGAGAUGCCGCUGCGCAAGAAAGAGGACUACAUACCCAUCAAGUGUGAGGGCUGGAACGGAAAGUUCGAGUAUCCGGAUGGAGCCGUCAACAAUGUGUCCAAGAUCCGUCGCCAGAACCAGAACGUGACCAAUACCAAUAACUUCUACGGCUUCAGCACGGAGCCCAUUGUCCUGCCCACCGAAUGGGACGGAACUUUUGUGAAGAGCGGCGAGACCCGUAUCAAACAGGAGCGCAAUCGCUCCGAUGAUCAGGAUUACUUCGACUUCGACACGUCCCCCACUGUUCUGCCGCCGACUUGGAGCGGCGAGUUCGUCACCGAUCCCACGGAUGUCCGCAUUAAGCCGGAACGGAACUUCUCCGAUGCCAGGGAUUAUGCGGAGGCCGCUCGCUUCAAGUUGGUCCAGCACUGAGUGAGAUUCAAUUCGAUCUGAUUCAUUUCGAUCUGAUUCGAUCCUUCCCUUUCAAUCAAACUAAUCCUGCAAAUUUUGUGUUUGUUUUGGUUUCGCAUUGUACCCUAACCUAAGCGUUUGUUGUAUUUUACUUCUUAUGAUAUUUAUUCGUAUACUUAAUAAAUAAUAGCAAAAAAAAAAAAAAA